AUGAGAAGGCGGAUCCACACCAAAUCGGACGAGAACCUACGAGAAGCGACUUACGAGAAGAUGACACAACCAUCAACCACAGCCAUGACACCGAGAAGCAAAAGCAAUCGAGCUACGACGACGACCCGAGAGACACGCCACGCCGAAUCUAGUCGACUGAUGGAACACUCAGCUUGCGCAGACCAUAGUGAGCUAGAGCCGGACGUCUGCCUCCGAUUAACAUUGGCUGUAUCUCUGCAGAGGAAGCGUGGACGACAGACCUACACGCGGUACCAGACCCUCGAGCUGGAGAAGGAGUUCCACUUCAACCGGUACCUGACGCGACGACGAAGGAUAGAGAUCGCCCACGCCCUCUGCCUCACCGAACGACAGAUCAAAAUCUGGUUCCAGAACCGCCGGAUGAAGUGGAAGAAGGAGAACAAAACCAAAGGAGUGGAGAACGGCAACUCCCUCUCAGAGACCCCCACCCCCACCUCCCCCACCCACCGGGAAACAGCCUACCAGUGCCAGUACCACAUAGGGGCUUCGGGAGCCGGGUGA